AUGGCAUCAAUGGAGAACAAAUCUGAGAUGAAUGAAUUCAUCCUGGUAGGAUUAACUGAUGUUCCAGAGCUUCAGGUUCCUCUCUUCUUAAUGGUGACCCUCAUCUAUCUCAUCACCCUGGUUGGGAACCUGGGGAUAGUAGCUCUGAUCUCCUGGGACUCCCGUCUCCACACCCCCAUGUACUUUUUCCUCAGUAAUCUGUCUCUGGUGGAUUUUGGCUACUCCUCAGCUGUUACUCCCAAGGUGAUGGCUGGACUCCUUACAGGGGACAAAGUCAUCUCCUAUAAUGGAUGUGCUGCACAGUUGUUCUUCUUCGGGGCCUUUGCUACAACUGAAAGUUUCCUCUUAGCCUCCAUGGCCUAUGAUCGCCAUGCAGCUGUGUGUAAGCCCCUACAUUAUACCACUACCAUGACUUCAACAGUAUGUGCAUAUCUGGUCAGUGGGGCUUACAUCUGUGGCUUUCUAAACUCCUCAAUUGUUACUGGAAACACUUUUAGCCUUUCCUUCUGCAGGUCCAAUGUGGUCCAUCAUUUUUUCUGUGAUCUUCCGCCUCUCCUAGUUCUCUCUUGCUCUGAUAUUCACAUCAUUGAGUUAGUCAUCUUUAUCUCAGGGUUGUUAAGUGCCUUUUUCCCAUUUCUUGUUAUCUUCACCUCUUAUUUGUUCAUCUUCAUUACCAUCCUGAAGAUACGUUCUGCUGAAGGUUUCCAGAAAGCCUUUUCUACUUGUGCUUCCCAUCUCACAGCAGUGUUCAUUUUUUAUGGGACCAUCAUAUUCAUGUACUUCCAGCCAAGCUCAAGCCAUUCAAUGGACUCGGACAAAAUGGUGUCAGUAUUCUACACCAUGGUCAUCCCUAUGUUGAACCCUUUGAUCUAUAGUCUAAGGAAUAAAGAGGUAAAAAAUGCUUUUAGGAAGGCUGUGGGGGGACAAUGGCUUCAACUAGAUUAUCCUUUUCCUUAG